UGCCUCCGCGCCCGCUGAACGGGGAGGGUUUUUCCGGCCGACCGACCGGCCGGGCGGGCAUGCCCGCCCGCCUUCCUGCGCUCGCCGGGACACGGCCGGGCCGCCGUGGGCCGCCCGCGGGACCGUUAACCGGGGGCGGCGGGGGCGCGGCUGACGGCACGCCGCCCUCCUGCCCGCGCCUCGGCGGAGCGCCAUGGCCCGGGACUGCGCCGCCCGCAGCCUGGACGGCAUCGACCUGGCGGCACUGCGGGACCCUGCGGGAAUAUUUGAACUGGUGCAGGUUGUUGGAAAUGGGACAUAUGGACAAGUCUAUAAGGGUCGCCAUGUUAAGACUGGGCAGCUAGCAGCAAUCAAAGUGAUGAAUGUUACUGAGAAUGAAGAGGAGGAAAUCAAGCUGGAGAUAAAUAUGCUAAAAAAGUACUCCCAUCACCGCAAUAUUGCUACAUAUUAUGGCGCAUUUGUAAAGAAAAGUCCUGCAGGCCAAGAUGAUCAACUCUGGUUGGUGAUGGAGUACUGUGGUGCGGGCUCUGUCACUGACCUGGUAAAGAAGACAAAAGGGAACUGUUUCAAGGAAGACUGGAUUGCGUACAUCUGCAGAGAGGUUCUCAGGGGCUUGGCACAUCUUCAUGCACACCAUGUCAUCCAUCGAGAUAUUAAAGGACAGAAUGUUCUUCUUACAGAAAAUGCAGAAGUAAAACUGGUGGAUUUUGGUGUAAGUGCUCAACUGGAUAGGACUAUUGGGAGAAGAAACACGUUUAUUGGCACACCGUAUUGGAUGGCGCCUGAGGUCAUUGCUUGCGAGGAGAACCCAGACUCUACGUAUGAUUACAGAAGUGACCUAUGGUCUCUGGGAAUCACUGCUAUUGAAAUGGCCGAAGGAGCUCCUCCCCUGUGUGACAUGCACCCCAUGAGAGCGCUCUUCCUCAUCCCACGGAACCCACCCCCAAAGUUGAAAUCCAGAAAAUGGUCAAAGAAAUUCCUAAACUUUGUCGAAAGCUGCCUUGUAAAAAAUUAUUUGCAUCGUCCGUCCACUGAAACCUUGCUUAAGCAUUCUUUCAUCCGAGACAUGCAGAAUGAACGUCAAGUGCGCAUCAUGCUGAAAGACCACCUGGACAGGACCAGGAAGAAAAAAGGAGAAAAGGAAGAAACGGAUUAUGAUUACAGUGGAAGUGAGGAGGAAGAUGAUGAGCUGAAUGAAGAUGAAGGAGAACCAAGCUCCAUAGUUAAUCUCCCGGGGGAGUCAACUCUCCGCCGUGAAUUUCUGAGGCUGCAGCAGGAGAACAAAAACCGUUCUGACCCUCAUCGCCAGCAGCAGCAGCUGAAGGACCAGGAGAAAUACAAGAAGCAGUUGCUGACAGAGCGGCAGAAACGGAUCGAGCAGCAGAAAGAGCAGAGGAGGCGGCUGGAGGAUCAUCAGAGGCGAGAGCAGGAGCUACGAAGGCAGCAGGAGUGUGAGCAGAGGUGGCCAGAGGCUAAAGCUGUUCAGAGGAAAGAGGAGAGAGGUAAAGAAGACAAAAGGGCUGUGGAAGAUGAACGAUUCAUAGCAGAUGGACAGAGGAAAUCAGAAAAGAAGCAGAAGGUGGAAGAUGUGCAGCACAACAGGAAGGUGCAUCGAACUCUCCCCAAAGAUCAGACACAGCUGCUGUCUCUCCAGCAUGACCACAAGCAGAAGAAAAAGGAGCCUUCCAAGGGUUCAAAUUCAGCGGUGCAUCCUCCAUCAAGCAGCACAAGCAAAGAGGCCGAGGACCGAAAAAAGAAAAGUGACAGCAUCCAGCCUUCCCUCCAAUGGCCAGCGGUGCUGGGGCACGAAGCCAUGCCACACGCCAGGAUGGGAUCUGGCAGCAGUUCCAGCCCUUGCACCCCUGCCCCACAGAGAGCCAUGUUAGUACAGUGUGAAAAUUUCCGGGCUAGUAAGGAUGUGUACCACAGCAGUUCACUGUCAGAUAUGGUGACGACACCACUCAGCCCUGUGCAGGACGAUGUAUUCUGGAGCAUGAGUCAAAAUGAAGAGCAACCCCCAAAGGUUCCAGAAAGGACAACCUCUAAAUUUUACAUCAGGGAUCAGCCUGGCCAUCAGAGAUGCCUUUCAAGUAGCGCUCAUCAGUCAUCCCCCGGGGGACACGCUCUGAAGCUAAACAGCAGCAGCAGCACUCCUGGCAAUAAGCAGUGGGAGAUGGGAUCUCAUCAGAGCAGCCGGUCAACCUCAGGGAAUCCCGGACCGGCCCAGGCAGAGAACGCUUUGUCCCAGAACCACUUGCAGCUGCAUAAGAAGUCUGAAAAAGUUUCUCAUCCAGGCCAGAUUGCAAGUCCAGGCUCCUUUGCCAAGGGGAAGGAUGGUGCCAACUCAUUCUUAAAAGCAGCAGACUAUUCCUCAUCAAGUGAUGAAGUCAGCAGCAGCGAUGAAGAUGACAUGAACCACACAAGGCAACUGCUAAGCAGCAGAGUGGCAGAUUUCUCAAGGACGAGAGUACCAGAUGGAAUUGAACUGAAACCCCAAAGCACCGUCGCAGAACAGAAGGAUCAGAUUCUAGGGAAACAGAUUUCUAGCCCCCAAGAAGGCCUCUGGAGUGUAAACAACCAGAACUAUCUCCUGCCAGAUCUCCUCCAGCAAAGCCAAAUUUCAGACUCCUCUGUGAACCCACCAAAAGUGCCGCUGACUAGCCAGGAACCUCAGAACAAACCUCUGAGUAAGGCCCCGUGCACUGAAAGCACACCUUCAAAGAGCAGUACAUCGUCUACAGCAUCGUUUACUUCAUUCAUAGAUCCUAGACUUCUGCCAAUCACCCCUCCCACCAGUCCAGUAGGACCUUCCUGUAGUUCUCCAUCUGGUGCAAAACCUGAACCUGUCAGGAGGGAAAACGCAAGGAAGGGCUCUGUUGUCAACGUCAACCCGACAAAUAUCCGCCCGCAGAGUGACAGUCCAGAAAUUCGUAAAUACAAGAAGAAAUUCAACUCGGAGGUCCUUUGUGCUGCUUUGUGGGGAGUAAAUUUACUGGUGGGAACAGAGAAUGGAUUGUGGCUGCUGGACAGAAGUGGGCAAGGAAGAGUUUAUUCGCUGAUUACAAGGAGACGAUUCCAGCAAAUGGAUGUUCUGGAAGGACUCAAUGUGCUAAUUACUAUAUCAGGGAAGAAGAAUAAGUUGAGGGUAUAUUACUUAUCAUGGUUGAGAAAUAAAAUUUUGCGCAAUGAUCCAGAGGUGGAGAAGCGGCAAGGCUGGGUGUCUGUGGGUGACCUGGAAGGCUGCGUACACUACAAAGUCGUAAAAUAUGAGAGAAUCAAAUUCCUUGUAAUUGCUUUGAAAAACUCAGUGGAGGUUUAUGCUUGGGCUCCAAAGCCUUAUCACAAAUUCAUGGCUUUUAAGUCCUUUACCUCACUUCAUCACAAACCACUGUCAGUUGACCUGACCGUUGAAAAUGGACAAAGAUUAAAAGUCAUAUAUGGCUCACUAGUAGGCUUUCACGCUAUUGAUGUGGACUCUGGAUCUGUGUAUGACCUGUACCUUCCAACACACAUCCAGGGGACUAUUCGCCCACAUGCCAUUAUCAUCCUCCCGAAUACCAGUGGAAUGGAGCUUUUACUCACCUAUGAAGAUGAAGGCAUCUACAUUGAUAUAUAUGGGCAUUUCACAAAGGAGACUGUUUUGCAGUGGGGAGAAAUGCCAGCAUCUGUAGCUUACCUUCAAUCUAAUCAGGUCAUGGGCUGGGGAGAGAAGGCGAUUGAACUACGCUCUGUGGAAACAGGAAAUCUGGAAGGAGUAUUUAUGCACAAGAAAGCACAGAAGCUAAAAUUUCUAUGUGAAAGAAAUGACAAGGUGUUCUUUGCAUCUGUACAGUCAGGAGGCAGCAGUCAAAUAUACUUUAUGACUCUUGGUCAAAAUGUACUAUUCAACUGGUAAAUCACAUCAAAAUGAAGGAUGCUUUGAAAUGCCCUGUAGGUAGCAGUGUAAAAUGCUCGGAGGUAAUAUACACAAAUUUGCACUUUUUACCUACAAAAAUUUUGUCAUUAUUAACUUAUCAAAAUUUAUAUUCUUUCAGUUUGAAAAGAAUUCCAUUUUCCUGUCAAAGUAUUGCAAACAUGUUUAGUUUGUCUUCUAAAAUAUGUUGCAAACCAAGAUUGUAUUCGGAGUGUUAGGAGAGAACAACUUUAAUGAAGUAUGUAGCCAAUAUAAGAAGCUCCUGUACUCUGAAAAGUGUAGUUUCAUUUUCACAGAUGAUGUACUGUUGUUAUCGUGAACUGAAGUCUCUUUCUUUUUUGGGCAGCAACAUCUGUAGGUGAGAAAAACACAAACAAGUUGGGUGACAAAUCGGAAUCUACUUUCUUUUGAAUUGGGUUUUGGCUUGUUUUGCAUUUUAAGCAAGCUGUUACUGUUUCACCAGGAGUCACUUGUCCAAUAAUCUUGUCUUAUAAUCAGUGAAAGAGCAACUGUUCAUGCUGGGGCGUAAUGCAGAUUGGCACACUUGAGGGAUCGUAUCCUGUGCGAGGUAGACAGGUGCACUUCACUGCAGACUUCUGAAAGCAACUACUUCUAGACAUGUACCCCAUCUGGUAGAUUUUACAAAAUGCGGGGGACAGACUUCAUGUUUCUCUCAGGGCUGGAUGCCUGAGCCCGUAGACACAGUUACUGUAGAAUGUAUUUGUAAAAAUAGUUUUUAAAUAGUAGUUUGUCAAAAUCAUAUAUGCAUAAAGCAUUACGGACCUGAACCUGUAACUUUCAUUCAGACACGGGACCCACACUCAUAUGAGUUGAUUUAAAGGCACUACCCAUGUAUAUAAGGGCACAGGAUCAGGCACCUUCUCUUCUUCCCUUCUUCUCUUUUAGCAUCAAGUCUUCGUUUCUUUGUGUGUAAAUAUAAUCUUUCCACAAUGGAUGUUAAGAUUAACAAAUAUAUUCUUAGUAUAGUUAUGAAAAUAUCCAAAGAGUUAAUCUAUUAUAAAUAGAAAAUAUAAAUAAUUUCAGGUGCUUUCUAUGCUAAUUACAUCUAAAUAAAGCUGCAUCCACUAGCGUUAUUGGUGCCAGUGUUUCUGCAUAAACUCUGUUCUCAGGGGCUUGUAACUUGGCCAUAAAACUAUACAGAUAUAAUAUAUAUAUACUAUAUAUAAUCAUAUACUAUGAUUGAAUUGUAGGGUUUAAUGCAAUCCUUAUUUAGCUGAUUUUUGGAUGUGCUUUGAAAAUGUAAAGCAUCAAAUCUAAUACAAAAGAGUCAUUCCAGACAUGAUACAGUAUGGAUGACGCUGUAGGCAAAAGUGAAAUCGCUAGCUACAGUGUUUGAAAAUAGAUGUUCUUUACUUGAAAUAUGUGAUACUGAAAGGUGCAGGGAAAGUGUAUUGGAAUAUCUGGUUGUCUACCUCAAGGAUGAUGAUUCAAAGUUGACUAAGAAGGGGAGAGAUAAGGUUGUUAGAACUGGUAGCUGUUUUGUACAGUAAGUCAGGUUAAGUUAGUGUUAGCAGUCAUGCUGUGACUGACAGGUGCUCAAAUUGCAACCAUCAGCUCCAGAACUGGUGUGCUUGUGUAUGUCAGCAGAGAAUCAAACGAGGGGCUAAUCACCCUUCCCCCCUUCCCUGUGUUGGCACCUCAACUGCCGCAGGCAGAUCAGAGAUGCCUUCGCUGUUGCUGUCCGUGUUCUUUGGCUAUGUGGAGGACUGCACUUUCCAAAGUUAUUAACCUAGCACUUUUCACAAGCACUAGCUUAUCUCAAAAUGUAUAGUGUUUUUUAUGAAGUAUUUUCAUUUUAAAUGUUUUAACUUACAGGAAAAUAAGCCUAAGGCCAUACUAAAAAAUACAUGCAGUUAAAUACUCAAAGUGGUUCUUAAUGUAUGCAAGUAAUCAGCUUGUGUGCAGACUUAAAAUCUGAAUGGUAUACUGUGCUUGGGCAGAGCUGUGUGAAAACAGGAGGUCUCUGUCUAUUUCUAGUAAUGUUCCUACCUGUUGCCAAUGCUAGGACUGGGGCAAAUGAGAAAAACAUGGCUUGGCUCCCUAUGCUACUGAACGCUAGGCUUGUUUUGUUCAACUUUCACCAAAAAAAACCCCAAAAAAACCCAACCCAAACAAACCCAAACCCAUAACAGAAACAGAGAUGAAAGUUACAAUUACAGGCAAAAAAUAAUUUGCAGACAAUCAGAAAUACAACUUACUUGCUUUUGACUUAAAAUAAAAAGUCUAAGAGACUGUGAAGAAAGAACAGCUUUCAUUUUGUACCCAGUAGGUGUGCAAAACUUGCUUGCAAAACUGCUCGUUCUAUAAGCCAUCCGUGAUCCAGGCUGCCCUAUAUUUUUUUAAAGUGUGCUUAUCUCAGCAGCCUCUGCAUUACAUGGGAUGCAUGGGAAUUUUUUCCCUCUCCCAUUUUGGUGUCAACAGGUAGGAGGCAGAUUUUUCCUGAUGCUAGGCACUAGUUAAAAAGAAUUUAGCAGAGAACAGUGGGAAUUUAGAACAACCCAUAUCAACAGAUGAAAGAAGCAAAUGGGAUCAAAGUUGUUUAAUAUUAUUGUAACAGAAAAGCGUGAUAGUAAGUUGACACACUGUGGAGAUGUUUAGCUCCAUACCAAGAGAGGAAAAAAUGCAGCAAGUUCAAGAGAGGCAAUAUGCACUAUUACAUUGAGAUUUUAAUUUUUCAUUCUGUUUCCUUCUAUUAGCUCUCUUUUCUUUCCAGCUAUGAUUCAAGGCAGUGGGUUGGAUUUUCAUCUGUCACUUUGCAUGUAAAACCAUUGGAAUUAUUGGGGUUACAUCCGUGUGUAAAUAUGGAAAGAACGAGGCCCUUAGAGGUGAAUGCUUUCAAAGGAUUUAGAAGUGGUAUUGCAAAUAGUGAUAGCAACUGGAUGCAAGAAGGAGAAGAUGGUGGCAUUUUCUCUUUAUCAAGAGAAAAUCAAAAUGGUUGAAGAUGAGCAAGAGCCUGGAGAAGUUGAGAAGAGUAACAGAAGAGAGUGGAAGUGACUGAAGAGGAGGGAAAAGUUGAAGAAAAUAAAUAGGAGUAGCCAAAGGGGAGGGAGUGGAUGUCUGGAGUAGUGUAUUGCUGUAGGAGGAAUAAUAAAAGGUUAAGAGAUGUUAAGGAAAAGAAAGUAACCAAAGAAAUGGAAAGGUAUCUAGAGUGACGGGGUGGUCUGAACACUGAAUGAGAGAGUGUUCCGAACAACUGUUCAGCUCAAAGCAAAAGUUCAAAGGCUGGAAGAAAAAAAUUAAUUCCAGAGACCCAAGUUUAUCCUGACAUAAAUUUAACUAUGCAAAAUGUGUAUCAGAUUUGUAAUUUCAUUUUGUGAGGUGUUUCUCUAGCUGUACCUUUUCACUAACUUUUAAAACCAAGGAGUGAACUGCUUAACCAUGUGCUUUUCUAGUGAUGUCACUCUGAUGUGAACAAAUGCUAUAGGGGCAGAAGGGCAGAAUGGUAAGGAUCCAUGUCAGUAAUCCUUUGGUACAUGCAGUAUCCCAAUGGCAGGUGGUGCUCCUAAUGUUACAUUUGCCAAACAAGAUUGCGUUAAUACUGCAGCAAAGUAGUAUUGUAUGUGCCUGCUUUCAUUUUAGGAAUGGCGAACUCUAUUCUGCAGCCUGAACCUUGACACGUGACUUUAAAACCUGGGAACAAUGCAAGCUAUGUACUGUACUUAAUGUAUUGUUCCCUAAUGUUGAAAUUGUACAACUGAAACAGUAAUAAAAAAUACUUUGAAAAUCAAAA